AUGCGUGCCAUGGCCUCUAUCUCUGAUAAUCUCAACCCCCCCAACCCCCCCACUCCCACUUCCCAAGUCCAGGUGCUGAACAUCAAUUGGUUUCAGAAGCAACCAAAUGGGAACGACGAGGUGCCUGCUCUAUCAAUCGAACUGCAGAAUCCACCCCCUCUAGCCCCAUUGAUUGUACUGCAUAAGGAGAUCGUAGAGUUGCAGAAGCAUCUGUCAUUGAAGCAAGCAUCCCUUCAUCAUGUAAGUGAUCAAGAGGUAUUGUGA